GUCAUAGACACGAGUUGAUCGCUCCAUUUCUUGCACUUCCUAUAAUAAUUUUAACAAACUUCUUAAAGUCGAGGUCAAGGGCACAGUGUCCGACAGGGUGGAAAGAGUGGUUCCUGCGAACAUGGCGAAACGGAAGGCAUCCUCUCCCCUCGAAGUGCUUAACGGGGAUGAUGAUAAACACGGAAGCUCUUCCACUUCUUCACCCUCAUCAGUUCGAAGUAGACCGUCGGAAUCUUCUUCAGCAUCCACUCCGAAGCGGUCCCUGGGGGGUAGUGGUGGUGGUGGUGGUGGUCUUGGCGGAUCCAGCAGUUUUCUUCCAUUCGGCACGCCAGAAAUCAAGCCACAAUUUACAAAAUUAGAUGUACAAGUUUCUGAAAAAAUGACUAAAGUAAACGAAUCUUUUUUGAACUCGUUGGCCGUAACGUUAAGUGACGAGCCGGACGCGGUCCUCUUCCCCGCGGUGGAAUCAUACGUGAGGCAUGUUCACACCAUAUUGACGCCACAUUUACCAAAAUAUAUAACCGUGUUGGAGAAAGAUAAAGGAUUCGUUAGCAUUGCAAGAUUCCUGGACAGAUUUAAAAGUUCUGUUGGACGAAUGAGUGAUAGUGGUAGUUGUGGGGGGGAUGGAGCGAAGGAGGCUGUAGAAGUGUCACCGAUUAAAAAGCUGGGAACUGUGAAGACGACCACCACUUCGUCGUCGUCGUCGUCCUCGGAUGCUAAUUCUAGUUCGAAUAUAUUUGUCAAUUUUAAAUUUAUUGGGCAGCCAGCUACUGUUCAGGCUAUCGAUGCUCCAUUUAAAGCUGUGUUUGACGAACUCAAGAGUAGUAGUAGCGGUAGCAUUUCUAAACCUAUGGAUAAUCAGACUUCGAAUUCUAUUUCCACAUCGCCAUCGAGCGGAUUCAAAUUUGCACCGACGUCCACAUCUUCCUCCUCUCUUCCUUCGAGUUAUCCAAAAUUGAAUGGAAUCAUUCCUGGAGCAUUUGUACCGACGCCAGCAAAGCCCUCUACAAGCCCUAUGGGAGGAUUUACGUUUUCUGUACCUCCCCCACAACAACCUGCUGCAAAUUCCACCACUUCAAAAGAAGACGAAGAGACUGAAGAGCCUCCGAAGAAUGAAUUUAAACAAGUCCGUGAGGAUAACGCAUUAUACGAGGCUCGGUGCAAGGUGUUUGCAAAAAUUGGAGGCUCAUUUAAGGACAAAGGAGUGGGUCAACUAUUCGUAGUUAAGAAACCUGAGAGUGAAAAGUAUCAAGUCGUCGUGCGAGCCGAAAAUACCUUGGGAACUAUCUUGUUGAAUAUUCUUCUCCAGAAGGGCAUCCCAUUGUCGUCGAAAGGGAAGGACGUCAUGACUUGUGAUCCAGCAGGAGAUGAUGGUAAACCGGUGAUGAUUCUCAUUCGGGUAAAAAAUCCAGAGUCUGCCACCGAGCUUUUGUCUAAACUUCAAGGAUUUUUAGCUGAAUCUUAGGAAUUACUGCCCCGUUUAACAUAUUUUAAUUUAAUAUAAAUUCGUUAUCCUGCAGAUUUCUAAACAUAAUUGUCAUGUGUCGUUUACAUGGUAUUUACUGACAAACCCCCUGAUUUAUUAAAUAUGAAAUAAAUGUGUGAUUUUCAAAUAAAUAAAUAUGUGUCCAUA